GCCAGCAUUGUGACCACACAACCAUCCCUUCAGCUGGUGACUAUCUCAAGUCGAUCCAUUCCAGCAGUAGCCUGAUGCACAAUGGAAGCCACUCAUCCAUGGGACAGUGGUUGCAGACUUGACUGACGUACGUGCAGUUCGAGGGCCUUCACUGCCUGCGUGGCUUCAGUGCUGACGGCCUGGUCAGGGUGCUUGGUGAAGCGCUGGAUGGCCUUGACGCAGCCGCCCUAUCGACAAAGGACAGGAGGACACACACAGUGACAUAUGUGUUCGCCCGUACCUAGCCACCCACCCUGCAAGUGAUGUCAUCCUUGGCUCGCUGGCUCAAUGUGACACUCGUGUCGCUGAUGGGGAGAGCGGCACAAACGAUAAGGCGCUCAUCAGUGAUGCAUCUGCCCCUUGCACACGCGCACCCCUACUUGAGGAUGAUGUUGAAGGAUUCCAGCAUCAGAAACUCCAGAUGGUCGGCCCCCAGGCCGCCACACGCAAUGUCAAGACACCCGUGGUCGAUUGCAGCGAUCCGCUGUACCGCAGAGAACCCCACACAAGCCAGCCCAUAGAGAGCAGCCGGCGCGUCUCUAAAUGGUACGCGUCCACCUGUCUGUCGUUCCCCUUCCGCAGCAGCAGGGCGCAUGUCAGCGCCAAGACCGUCACAUAGCUGCUGGACGGCCCGUCUUUUUUGGAACGGAAAGCUUCCUCAGUGAUGGCCAAGGUGCCAGCAUCGACCAGACUGCCAAGAAGGGCAGACUGCGCCUCUGGCCACACACCUGAGCACACACACACAUGCCCACCCACACAGCCACAUGGGUCAGUGACUUGCCUUGGGCUGUGCUGCUGUGGUAAGCUUACCAUUGGGGAUAAAGUUCAUUGUUUUCAGGAUCACGAGCAUUAUGUUGGCGGCGUGAAUGGGCAGGUGGGAAUCAGACGAUAGCAGCAGCGACGACAGCUUCGCGAUCAUCUGUUUAUCAGAGAACAGAGCGGGGGCAGCUGCCUGACACGACUGGCAGGACUUGUCGAGCAGUGACGCUGCACGCAACAACAACAACAAAACAGCCCCCAGACAGACAGACAGACAGACAAUGAGCGACACACUAUGACCCGUUGUGCUGCUUCUCACCCACUGCGACAUUUUGGAGUGUCUGUGCCGCCGAUCUGGUGAUGUUGACGUAGUCGUAAUCGAGCAGCUGCACCAGCAGGGGCACCCCGCCCGCGUCGAUGAGCUCAUCUGCCCACGGCAAUUUGGCCUCCGCCGCCACAAACAUGGUGUGGAACAGGGGGAUGAAGACACCUGCCGUCCGGUUGUUGUCGUCGGGCAGCUCCAGAGAUUCCUUGACAAUCGCCACGAGGGAGGGGAUAGCCCCGACCCUGUCAUAGGCACACAGGAAGAGACAAUGCCCCCAGUCGACCGAGGUGAAUGAUUGUGUGUGUCGGCACUCACCCUAUGAGAGCCUCGACCGUGUUGACGCCCGCUUUCGCCAACUUGAGCAAGAGCUUCAGAGCUUCCAGCAGCACCAUCGGCUCAGCCGUCGCUCCCAACAGGGGAAUAAUAGCGGCCCCAAACCUAUCAGCAAUGACUGUCGAGGUGAAAUCUGGAUCCUCGCUGUUACUGACGAUCAUGUCCGCGGCCUUCAGAACGAGCAGCUGCAUAUGCGGGUCGCUGCCCUCCAGUCCCUUCAGCAGGACCGACGUCAUCGCUUUGACGCGGGCCGCUUCAUCCUCAGCUUCAUCGAUGGAGCUGUAGUAUUCAGCCAAGGGGUCCGCCGCAUCAGGCUCGUCACCGCCUGCUGAGUUGAUGCUCUCCACGGCCUCCUUGGCGCUCGUCCUGAUGACGUCAGUGGGGUGCUCAAGGAAGGCCUCGAUCCCUUUUCGGCAGCCAGUCUGCAGACACACAGCCACCACAGCAGCCCACGUUGACGGACGUACCCACAGCCGCGUGUGCGUGUGUGUUCGGUGCAGUGAGACCGUUGGAAGAAUGGCGGUUUUGGCUCGCUGCCUUAAGCUGCCACUGAACAAUCAGCCCCCCCAAAAAGGGCAUGCCUGUGCCGCAUCGUGUAUCGCACCGUCGUACCUGAGGAUAGCGGCGAAGGACUCCAUCAGCUCAUCGUUGAGGAGAUCGUUCUCAAAGCGCCCCCAGUCCGGCCGCUGCUCAACACGGUCCUUCAGCAAUUUGCAGAACGAGUCGAUGCAGGAGUGGUCAACUGUGUAGCUUUGCUGCACGCGGCGCACACACCAUACCAAUACGUCAUGAGGUGCCAGGUGCUGCUGGUGGUGGAGUGGUGGUGGUGGUGGUGGUGGUCACCUCUGUGUCGUUUCCUUUGCGCAUCAGCAGCGCGCAUCCACCACGGUACGCCGCCAUGAAAGUCGACCAGUCAUUCGUAUUCCGCCCCUCCUGCAUCGAUGCAGUGAGGGCAUUGGGCAGCACGUCGGCGUCGAUUAUGUUCUCGAGAAUGGCUGGCUGCGACUCGGGCACUUCUCCUGAUCGCACACAGGUUCGAAUAAACGCCAUCGAAGCCGGCGGUGGUUCGGUGCUCGUGUGUGUGUGUGUGUGUGUGUGACGUCUGUCAUCUUACGAACGGUAUCAGCCAGGCCGACCAAAGUCAUCCCUAUGAUGUCGGCGGCAUACUGACGCAUCUCGUCGUCGGCCGACAAGAGCAGCGGCGAGAGCUUCGUGAGCAAUCCGCUCUCGAACAAGGUGUAGCAGUACUGCCAAGGGGAAACUUCGGCGGUCUCCUUCGGCGCUGCAACCAAGACAAAUGAUAGCAGAUUGGUGUGAACAUAAAACAUCCCUCUCGCAUACCGAAUUGGAAGUGUCUGAUGAUGGUGGUUGCGCCUCUCUUGACCUCCUUGUGCUUGUGGUCCAGCAGCUGCACGAAAGAAGGCAGCCCGUCGGCCUCGAGCAGCUCAUCCGCCCACGGCAGGCCAUUAUCAUCGGCCACGAGCACCACCAGGUGCAAGAGCAUGAUGAGGGCCGUACCUAGGAAACCCCAUGGAAGCUGCACAGCCUGCUUGAGGGCCUCUGUGAAGGAAGAUAUGGCACCCACCCUGACGAAGACACACCGAGAGCGAGAGAGAGAUCUCCAAGUUGCAAUCGCGCCCGUUUAUUGUUCACCGUAUGAGUGCCUCCACUGCCUUGGCGCCUGUGCUUCCCAUCUCGACCAGCAGCUUCGAUGCCUCCACCUGCACAGCCGACCCAGCAGACCCUCCCAGGAGGGCGAUGACAGCUGCACCGAAACGGUCAGCAAUGACAGCAGCAGCGUCACCCGGCUGUGUGUUCUUGGCGAUGACCGCAGACAUUGCCCGCAGAGCGCUCAGCUGCUGGUGCCUGUUGCCGCUCUCGAGCUGCGACAGGAGACUGGGCGAAGCGUUGGCUUCCGAAGCGCCGAAAACAGCGGCCGGCAGGGAAGCAAAGGCGAAAACCAGAGCCAGCAACAUCGCUCAAGGGAAAAA